AUGUCUUUUUCAAGAGCCACAAGAUUUGUCUACAAGGAACCUGAGAUAACAGUGUCUCCUGCCGAAUAUAAUGUACCAACUUCUUUGGGAGAUAUAUUUACUUUCUGCUCGAAAUUCCAAGCAUCUCCCAGAAAGUAUUCUGAAGGAUCUGCCGGUAGUAAGCGUUUGGGCUGCAAAUGUAAGAUAAGUCUGUCAAAUUCAUCAACAACUGGAAAUAGUUUAAACUACAAUGAACGUAAUACUCGAAGAAGUCUACCAUCCUGUUCGAUUCCAAGUAAGCAGAUAAUUAACCUUUCUAAUUCUAAAGAAAUUGCUAAAAGAAGAAGCUUUUUUGGUAACUCUAUCUCAAAUAAUAAUUCUUUUAAAGAAAGGAUUACCCCACUCACAAAAAGAAUAGACAAUAACAGGAAAUAUGACUGCACCUGUCAAAGUAAAUUCAAAGAUGCGCCAUUUUGGGUUAGUGAAGAAUUCAUUGAUGAUGAUUACUAUAGUUAUACUAGUUCAGAACCACUUACUAGUUGGAAUACAGGCAAUAUACACUUAAAUGAUUUCACUAAUUUUAAUAGAAGAAACUUCGAACAGGGCAUUUUACAAAGAGUAGAAAAUAUUAGCCGAUAUGUAGAUACUCUGAAUAGUUCUUUUAACGAAUUCAAAGAAGUCAUGCUCCUUAAUCAAUGCCACAACAGAUCUGAAAUCACCAUAAGACACACGAUCGAUCUUACUGGUCUCUACGAACCCCAGUUGUCAAAUAAAAUGGAAAAUUUAAUUCAUAGUACAAUCGAUAACUAUAAAAGACAACCAUUAUCCACACAAAAUUUCCUCAAUGAAGAUGCUAAUUUUAAAAACAGGGACACAGAAAGCAGUAACAGAGAAAUAUGUGAUGAUCAAAUUGAAGAAUUGCCAGAUAACGACGCGUCAAUAUUAAACCGAGAAAUUUUAAAUUUGACCGAUGAUGAUAAAACAUUGGAAUUUGAUAUUUCUAUAAACAGUGAUAUAGAAUUAAAUGAGUUCGAUGACAUUUUUAUUUGUGAUUUUGAGAAUUUUGAUAACGAGGAUAUCUAUAACGCAUUAUCAAUGCAACUGCAGAUUAACCACAAAGAAUUAGAUGAGCUUGAGGAAGAUAAAACUGAAUUAAUGACUAAAUCUGACAAUACUUAUAAAGAGAUCAUUAAGCAGACUGAAGCUCUGAGGGAACUUCAUAGAGAAUUUGCAGACUUAAGGAGUCGCUUAAAUUAA